CUUCCCACCGUAGGCUUCCCAUCCCCUUCCCCCCGGCCGGCUUCCGCGCUUCCGCCCGGCCGUGAAGGGGGGAGGAAGCUUCAGCCGAAGCCCCCGCGCCGACGGACGGGCGAUGGGCCAAGCCCAAGCCAUGAAGUUGGCGCUGAUGGAGAAGAAAGGAAAGUCCUCGCCGGACACGCCGAACAAGCCCAAGACCGACAGGGAAAAUGAGGAGCCGGACGGCUUGAACCUGGUGACCAUCAGGGCUGCCGAGCGCAGCGGCAGGCUCAACAUCACGGGCCGGUACCAUCGCCUCCCGAAGCGGAUCGAGGAUGACUACCGAAGUUUGCCCCAGGUGCUGGGCACCGGUUACAACGGUGAGGUGAAGCUAGCGAGCUGUACGCACACCGGCGCGAAGUUCGCGGUGAAGGCCUUCAAGCUCCGCGGCGUGAGCAAGGAGAAGCGGCGAGAGCUGGAGAGCGAGGCCGAGAUUUUUCUCGCCAUGGACCACCCACACGUGGCGUCCUUGACUGACGUUUACGAGUCGGAGGAGCAGCUGUACUUGGUCAUGGAAUGCAUGCAGGGUGGCGAGCUCUUCGACCGCGUCGUAGAGAGGAAGCGCUUCACUGAGAAGGAUGCGGCACAAGCCGUUUACCAGAUGCUGCUGGCGGUGAACUACAUCCAUUUGCACGGAGUCGUCCAUCGCGACAUCAAGCUGGAAAACUUCUUAUAUGAGGCGAAGGACUCGGACCAUUUGAAGCUGAUCGACUUCGGCUUCAGCAAGAUCUGGCAGCCGAACACCACCAUGGCGGUGAGCUGUGGGACCUUGGCCUACGUGGCCCCCGAGGUCUUAGAGAAGUCCUACACCUCCCAAUGCGAUCUGUGGAGUCUGGGGGUGGUGGCCUUCGUUCUUCUCUUCGGCUACAUGCCCUUCUCGGGCGCCGAGUCGAAGCAGAUCCGAGACAUCAAGGAGGGAAACUUCACAAGGAAGCAGGUGAUUUGGGGCAAGGCGUCCCAGGGAGCCAAGGAUUUUGUCCAGAAACUCUUGGUGGUGGACCCGCAGCAACGCCUCUCUGCCGCGGAGGCCCUGGAGCACAAGUGGUUGCAGACCCGGGAGCACCACGCACACUCCAUCGACCAAGCCAUGAUUGAGGACCUGUGCAACUUCGCUAAGGUCUCGGUGUUCCGCCGGGCGUGCCUGGGUGUGCUUGCCUGGUCUCUGGGCGUCGAGGAGCGGAAGCAGGUCCGGGAUGCCUUCUUGGCCAUCGACAAGGACCGGAGCGGGACCAUCACUCUGAACGAGUUUAAGCAGGCAGUGGAACAAAACCUGCAGAUCGACGAUGAGACGCUUGAGAAAGCCUUCAAAGCGCUGGAUGCAAACCACAAGGACGAGGUAAACUACCACGAGUUCCUUGCGGCCAUGGUGUCUUCGCGGAUCGCACUCCAUGACCACCUUUUGAAGGUUGCCUUCCGGAGAUUCGACGUGGACGGAUCAGGGUACAUCACCGCGGAGAAUCUGCGGGACGUCUUAGGGGAAACCUUCGAGGGCAACGAAGUGCAGACCUUGUUGAGCGAGGCGGAUCUCAAGCACGAUGGCCGCAUCUCCUACGAGGAGUGGAUCCAAUACCUCAAGGGCGCCCACGGCACUGUGGAGCCCCGCCAUGCGGACGCUGCGGCACGGGUCAUUGAUGCCACCAUGCACCAGCAGGAGUUGGCGGGGCAUAGACCCCCCAGCAAGGGGGUCAGAGCCAUCUCAGCCAAGAACCUGGGCGUCGCUCAGAGGCCCGCCGUCACGGUGGAGGAUGCCGCAAGACGGCCGGACCAGGAGGAAGCUGAGGACAGCCCCGUGCCCAACGUCUGCUGCGCCGACUUUUGUUCCACCCAAUGACGUGGACACCCGCGACACCUGCCCCCGGACCCCAUCGAUCCGAUGCGCGGUUCAGAAGGGCCAGGCUUCUUUUUGCGAAGUCGCCCCCGGCAAUUCCCGGCGAGUUGGAGUUGCAGAGGCGCUACCCGCUUUUUC